UCUUUCUCUUGCACCACAAAGGUUUCCUUAUACAUUCCUCUAUAGUACAACCUAUGCACACACAUAGCUAAACAUGCAACAGUAUAUGUGAGCCAUUGGGAUACUAUGGAUUAGUCACGUGAUGCUAACGCGUAGUUUUGUAUAUUUACCAACUCACAUGCUCGACUAUUCGCUCGCACGACAAUAUAGUAGAAGUAAUGUAGGAUUCGGAAUGGAGUGAUAUAUCGCUUCCAGAUGCACACAGUAUAGAGUGAAACCGAGACAUGUGUGUGCAGCGAUGAGGUGACGUUGUAUUGUCGCGACGAGUCAAGUGUUCGGGAGUGAGCAACGAGACGUGUGUAAUGUAGUGUGUACAAUCGUCACGGCUAUAUAGCUCUCCUCUCUCUCCUUGCCUUUAAAUGCUGUGGUGUAAACGCAAUCACGAAUUCUUCAACUCCCCGCAGUCUGUGACGGUGCCGUGCCUGCGACUGCGAUAUACGACGUUGACGGAUUCGUAGCAGCAGGAGCAGCGGCGGUACGAUGAUGAUAGCAUGAGCAGCAGCAUCCUGUUUGAGAGCAAAACGAUUUCGUGCCGAUGUCGUGCGACAACAUACUUCUACUGUGGCUCGCUUGCCUCAUGCCUUUUUUUACUUAUUAAUUCGUCUUUGAGUGUUCGUUAAAAAUAUAUCUCGUGCUCAUCUGGAACCUCAAGUUCGAAGCGCUUAUGCGUUUCAACCGAUCUGCUUGCAAUCAUGAUGACGACAUGGAGAAGAGUGAAGGAACAUCGGAUGGGCGUUGCCAUUUACAAUUUUUUGGAAGAAGGAGAAUUUCGACUACUUCUAAAUGUUGGAGAUGCUCUUAUCGUAUUACGUGAGUGUGAUGAAUGGUAUUAUGGCUAUAAAAAGUACGAUGGCAAACAUGGGAUUUUCCCCAAAUCUUACAUUUGCAUUCAAGAAAGAUCUGGGAAUAUGGAAAGUCUCAUGAAUGAAAUUACCAGUGUUUUGAGAGAAUGGGGGUAUUACUGGAAACAGCUCUAUGUGAGUCAUUCUGAUAAUUUUGCAAAAAUUCAUCAGCAAAUUUUGGAAUUGACAAAUUAUAGAAGCAAAAUUUUAAGUGGAACUUUGACCAUUGAUGAGUUGAAAGAUAUGAAAAAAUUGGCUACUGCAAAAAUUGAUAUUGGUAACCAGUUAUUGGAGCUUGAUAUGGUUGUCAGAGAUGAACAUGGCAAUAUUUUGAAUCCAGACUUGACUAGUACUGUUCAGUUGUAUUACCAACAUGAAACUGCAGCAGAAAGGAUUAGAAAAGCUACUACUGAAACUAAAAAGAAAUCUGUAAAACCACAAGCACCAGUUUAUUCCUACAUAUUUUUUGUAAAUAUUAAAAAUUUUGUGUGCAAAAUGGUAGAGGAUGUUGAACUUUUGUUGACUCUGUAUGAUAGUAAAGAAAUGAAGGCAAUAACCGAGAAUUAUGUUUUUUCAUGGAGUAAACAAGGUCUCAUGCCAGAUAUAGAUCAAUUGCAUAAUCUUAAAGUUUUAUUCACAGACUUAGGAAGUAGAGAUUUAUCUAGAGAAAAAGUUUAUCUAAUUUGUUACGCCAUUAGAGUCGGAGGUAUGGAAGCUAAGGAAGUUGAUCACAGGCGUUCUAGUGUUGUACAAAAUAGUCAAAAGCCAAAAGGUCAGGAUAGUAUGAGAAGGCCAUUUGGUAUUGCUGCUAUGGAUGUUACAGUUUUUAUAAAUGGCAAACUGGAGAGUGAUUCAGAAACUGAAUACUGCAUUCCUUUUAUCCAUUGUGAGAAAGAAAGUUUAGAUGGUACUUUACGGAGGAUUCUUGCACAAAAGGAUGUAAAUUUACCAAAAAAUAACAGCGUAGGAAAUCCUGUUGGCCAAGGUCUUUGGUGUAGCUUAAAAUUACUGCGAGGAGAUGUCAAACAAGUUAGAGAUGAAAACCCUCACUUGGUUCUUGGUAAUGUAUCAAUUGCACGUAAGAUGGGAUUCCCAGAAGUAAUUCUGCCAGGUGAUGUUCGAAAUGAUUUAUAUCUGACACUUGUUAGUGGUGAAUUCAGCAAAGGUUCAAAAUCAACAGAUAAAAAUGUUGAAGUAACUGUAAAAGUGUGCAAUGAUGAUGGUGUAGCUAUACCAGGAGUUAUUACUCUUGGAGGAGGUGCACUAUGCAUAGAUGAUUAUCGAAGUGUCAUAUAUUACCAUGAAGAUAAACCAAGAUGGUGUGAAACUUUCAAAAUUGCUGUUCCUAUAGAAGAAUUUAAGCUAGCACAUUUAAAGUUUACUUUUAAACAUCGAAGCUCAAAUGAGGCUAAAGACAAGGCAGAAAAACCAUUUGCAAUGAGUUACGUUAAACUUAUGCAAAAAAAUGGUACAACUUUGCAAGAUACACAACAUGAACUUUUAGUUUAUAAAAUUGAUAAUAAAAAGUAUGAUGAUUACGAUUCUAAUUACUUGAGAUUACCAUCAACUAAAGAAGAACUGAAUGAGCUUGGUUUAGAGAAAAAACCAAGUUUAGGCCCUCUAAGUUUAUCGUCAAAAGAUAACUUCUUGAUUGCCACAAAUGUUUGUUCUACCAAAUUGACUCAAAAUGUAAAACUUUUGGGCUUAUUGAAUUGGUCUUCUUCGAAAACAGACUUGAAAGAAUCUUUAACAGCUCUAAUGAAAGUUGAUGGCGAAGAAGUAGUCAAAUUUUUACAAGAUGUCUUAGAUGCAUUGUUUAGUAUUUUAAUGAGUAAUACAGACAGUGAUGACUAUGAUGAUAUGGUUUUUGAGUGCCUUCUUCAUAUAAUUAGUUUAGUUUCGGAUCGGAAGUAUCAACACUUCCAGCCAGUUUUAGAUUUAUAUAUUUCUGAAAGUUUUUCUGCAACGUUAGCGUACAAAAAGUUGAUAGCAGUUUUGAAAAAGCGUAUUGACAGCGCGAGUGCUAGCGAUGGGAGAGAUCUAGAAAAAGAUAUUUUAUUGAAAACUAUGAAAAAUUUACAAUAUUGCAUGAGAUUUAUUGUUGAGUCUAGAUUGCUAUUUACAGAAUUAGAUCAAGAUGAGGAAGAAUUUUCACAAACUCUUACUGAACUUUUAAGAUCUAUUGUCGAUCUUAUGAAAUAUGAGACUGAUGGGACGUUAUUAGUUCAAGGUGCUUGUUUGAAAUAUUUGCCGUCCACAAUACCUCAUUUGCUAAAAGUUUACAGUGGAAAACAACUUAGCAUGAUUCUGAUAGAUCUAUUGGUUACUCUUCCGUCUGGUAGACUUACGAAGCAAAAAAUGAUGACUGUCAACGAUAUCGUUCACAGUCCAUUGUUCUUAAACAUGGAGUGUAGACAAAUUUUAUUACCAAGAAUCACUAUUCUUGUUCGAGAUCUUCUAGAAGCGAAAGAAGAGGGACUGUCGGGUACGCCUGGAAAGAGCGUGGCGAAGGUAGCCAGGCUGCUCGGUGAAAAUCGGCACCGACUCAAUCAACAUCGCGGCUACUCUGAAGAGGUCGAAUUAUGCGUGAAAAUUCUGUCGGACGUGCUGGACUUGACGUUCAGAAGAGACGUCGGCUCGACCGCCUCGGACAUCAAAGAAAUCAUGCUUACCGCCCUGAGAACGAUUAUUCAGACUGUGAUAUCAAUGGAUAGAGAAAACCCCUUAGUUGGUAAUCUCGUAUCCGUUAUGUUGUCGAUUUUCAGGCAAAUGAAUCAACAGCAUUAUGAAAUCUACAUUCAGCAUUUUGGCACGCAGUUUGAUUUGCUCGACUUUAUCAUGGAAAUUUUGAUGGUUUUCAAAGACCUCGUGUCUAGAAGUGUCUUCUCCAACGAUUGGUGCGAAAUGAUAAUGCUCCAGAACAGCGUCAUUCUCAAAGCCUUAUGCUUCUUCUCAACGACUAUUCGAGAACUGUUCAAUGCUUCUUUCGAGCAGCAAGCCUGGUCGAAUUUCUUCCACUGCGCUAUCGCUUUCCUGACUCAGCCAGCUCUGCAAUUGGAAAGUUUCACGCAAGCUAAGCGUAAACGCAUUGUUGAGCAAUACAAGGACAUGAGGAGAGAAACUGCCGUGGAAAUUCAUAAGAUGUGGAUUAGUUUAGGGGCGAGAAAACGAUUAUUUGUGCCGGCUCUCGUCGGAGCUAUUUUAGAAAUGGCUUUGAUUCCUGACACUGAACUCAGAAAAAAUGCGGCCAUACCGAUAUUCUUUGAUAUGAUGCAAACUGAGUUCUACAGCUCUAAAUACGUUGAAGGCUUUAGUGAUAAGAAAGCUCAUGGAAAUACUAAGGCUAAUUUCAAUCAGUUUGAAAACGAAAUGAUUGCCAAACUUGAUAUUUUGGUUGAAGGUGGGAAAGGAGACGAAGACUUUCGCGAUUUAUGGGUAAAAGAAAUGACACCUCUAUGCGAGAACCAUACGUCAAUGAAAGAACAAGGUCUUCGAUUUGUUAAAAUUGUUGCCGAGCUCAUGGAUCACCUGCUGCAAUAUCGCGAUGUUAUUCAUACAGAAUCUCAAGAACACAGAAUGCUUUGUACAGUUAAUCUUUUAGAAUUCUAUUCGGAAAUUAAUAGGAAUGAGAUGUACAUAAGAUACGUUAAUAAACUAUGUGAACUUCAUCUGGAAUGCGACAACUAUACAGAAGCGGCUUAUACGUUACAGUUGCACAGUCGACUUUUGAAAUGGAGCGACGAAUCUUUAUCUCCUUUACUUAAAUCGAGUAGAUAUCCUCAUUGUCAAACGCAUCGUGAACUAAAAGAAUGUUUAUACAAUGAUAUGAUUGACUACUUCGAUAAAGGAAAGAUGUGGGAGUCUGCUGUUGCAGUGUGCAAGGAAUUAUCUGCUCAAUACGAAGAGGAAACCUAUGAGUACCUUCAACUAUCUGUGCUAUUGAGGCGAAUGGCCAAAUUUUACGAUUCUAUUGUUAAACAACUUAGGCCAGAACCCGAAUAUUUCCGCGUUGCAUAUUACGGUCGUGGCCAUCCAUCUUUCUUACGAAAUAAAGUUUUUGUAUACAGAGGAAAAGAGUACGAGAGGUUGAGCGAUUUUUGUUCGAGAACAUUGAAUCAGUUACCCAAUGCUGAACAAAUGAAUAAGUUAUCUCUACCUAGUGACAAAGUUAUGGAAUCGAAUGUUCAGUAUGUACAAAUAAACAAAGUCGAUCCUGUGAUGGAUGAGAAGAAGCACAGAUUGAGUGGAAAACCAAUUACUGCUGAACCUGUUUUAAGAUAUCAUCGCGUUAACAACGUGCAGAAAUUCCGUUUUUCAAGGCCAGCACCUAGAAAGGAAUUUAUGUCAAAUGGCGAAAAAGAAUCAGGAAAUGAAUUUGCCUCUUUGUGGCUGGAAAGAACUGUUCUGUCAAUUAGUCAUACAUUGCCUGGUAUACUUAGAUGGUUUCCCGUUGUUUUCAGCGAUACAUACUUAGUCAGCCCACUACGCAAUGCUAUUGAAACUAUGGAGGCUACAAAUGCAGCUUUGAGAGAUCUCAUAAUAGCACAUAGAGCGGAUAUCAAUCUUCCACUAAACCCGCUAAGCAUGAAACUAAAUGGUGUACUAGAUCCUGCUGUGAUGGGAGGCAUCGACAAUUAUGAGAAAGCUUUUUUGAAUGCCGAGUAUAGAGAAGCGCAUCCUGAAGAUGUGAGAGAUUUGGAAAAAUUGGAAAAUUUAAUUGCAGAGCAAAUACCCUUACUUGGAGUCGGUGUUCAAUUGCACAAGGCAAGAGCAUCGCUGGAACUCGCACCUUUCCAUCAACAUCUUGAGCAAUGUUACGCGACUAUGCGUGUCCAAGUGGAAGCUAGAUAUGGAAAAAGAACGUGUGAUUUGCAAAUUGAAAUGGCUUCAUCGUCAGUUACCAUGAGAAGGCAUGUUCCGAAAGGCGAUAACCAACGUCUAUCCGAAACAAGUAUCGCAAGCAACGAUUGCGGUACUCGAUCCAGAGUUACUUCGCUUACGAGAUCCCAAGUAGCCGCACUGAAAUCUCUAGCGACCUUCAAUUUCAACAGUGGUUCCUAUAUCUCGGGUUUUCCGAGCGUUGGGUUAACAAGGAACAACGCAUCGACACGUUCGCAUAUACUAUCCACAACUUCCUUACAAAAAGCCUUAGGCAAUUCAAAUACUGGCACAAAUAAAAAAAAAGAUUCUAAACGACGUAGUUCCCGUAAAAGUGACUCGGCAAAUAAUUCGAAAGCAGAGCAACCCACUAGUCAGUGGUACACUAUGCCAGAACCAAUACAGAUUCAAUCAUCUCCACUGAUUUCUGCUUCAACACCUAGCCUUGUUGCCUCUCCAGUAUUUGAACUCAGACAAGAGUUAACGCCAAAACGACCAUUAAGAUCAGAAGCCGAAAAAGAACGUCGUUUAAGUAAUCGUUGGUCAGGCCAAUCUCAAUCAUACCUUCGUUCGCUGAGCAAUGGCUUGGAUACGCACAGUUUAGGAAAGGGUAACCGCGAUAGCAUCGGCACCACAGACAGUACUGCGUCGGAAGACGAUCCCCCACCACCAUUACCAAUAAAAACUCGGGAGGUGGAUUAUUGCAAUCUCCCAGACGACAGUUCUAUUAAUUAUUGCUCGGUUAACUCCUUAGCCAGCAUAACUCGCACGGCCAUAUAUCGACCGAAGAGCAAAUUGCCUAUUCCAAUUGACAGCUUUGACGGCCAUGGAAAGCCGCCAACGCCACCACCAAAGCCUAAAAGACCGAUUCAUUCUUUAAGCAAAACUGCCCUCAUCUCGCCGAGCGACUCGGAAAGCUCAAACCAGGACUCGUCUACGGCAUGACUUUAGUCCUAACUAAUUUUAGCCAUACUUUACCUGAGAUACUUGUAGCUGUUACUUCUUUAUAAUAAUAUUAGCGUACUUUUCCUAGAAAGCUUUUAUACGGAUCAAAUCGAACAAAGCAUAUGUCUAGCUUAUAUUUUAUAACAAUUUUAUUGUACAUUUUUAACAAAUCAUACAAUUUUUUAAACUGUUUUAUCGAUCGCCGAAACUUUAGAAAACCAUGACUUUUUGAUACUAUUCAAUUUUCAAUGUCGAGAUUCACUGAGACUUACACUUGUAAGUAAUAUAAGAAUCAGGUCUUCCAUUUUUUAUGCGAGUGUUGUGUUUAUCAAUUUUUGACAAAGCAAUAUCGUGUUUAGUACUAAUAAUCUAGCGGCUCGCAUGUUUAAUAUUACAAACUCAUUCAUUCAUAUGUGUUAUGGCGUUAAUUCGAAAUGAAUCAAUACUCAUAAAGUUCACACACAUCCAGAUAAACACAUAAUUUUUAUAAUUGUGCAAUUUAUUACUAAAUACAAUUUUAUUACUUGUUAGAUAUCGUAGCUCUUGAAGGUAUCUUUUGAAUCAUUCAAAUUUUCGUCUAAGAAAGUUGUUAACUAUUUAUUGUUUUCUUUAACACUGAAAUAAAUACCACUAUCUUUCAUUAUCAUGCCAAAGAAACCAUUGUUAGUAUUAUUUAUAAAUGACAGCAGCAAUUUUGUACAAUUAAGCCAUGGUAUUGGAAAAGGUCCCUGAAUUUUUAUUAAGCAUGCCAUAAAUUCUUCUAUUUAAAUAUUUAACACUAGUCUAUUAAGUUCAACGACUUGAUGAAAUGAUUAUAAUAUAUAUUUUUUGGAUAUCGAAAGUUGUCAUCGUGCCAUUUUGUUGUCAAGUUUAUAAUUCGAUUUCUCAGGGACCAAUUUUCGUGAAUUAGGCAGUGAAAAAUUUUAGUAAAACAUUUGUUUAUUGUUAUAAAGUGUCAUUUUAUAAUAUAUUAUUAUAAUUCACAAAAGCUGAGUACUCAUUUAACUAUCCAACUUCUUUUUAUUGUACCGGUUAGAUACCACUAGUAUAGUUAAUUAAGAACGUGAAAAAAAUUUACUUGUUUUUGUCGCUUAGUUUUCCAUAUAACAUAUAAUAUGUAAGUUUAAAUUUACUUUUAAUCUAUUCGAUAAACUUACUUCUCUUAUCAUAAGUUGUAACGUCAAAUACGUUUUCUGUUACUUUUUUAUUUUUUAUUUUCUAAAUAUUUUGCGUACU